UAUAUGAGGUGAACCGGACUGUUUAUCUGAGUACUUAUAGAAUUUCUUAGGUGAACCGAAUCAAACCGCAGCAGCAUUAGGUUUGAUUUUUUUAAAAAAAUUUAGAUUUGAAUUAAAAUUUUAAUAGGUUUGGCCGAAAUAAAGAACCAAACUGCAUAUUUAUUUGAAUUCCUUUUUUUUUUUUUUACAAAGUUAGGCAAUACUAUUAAUUAUAAUUUUUCUUAUGUGUCAUUCAAAUAACUAGGAUUCUUAUUUAAUCAGAAAAAUGUCAAUUCCAUCGUUUGCUACCUUAUAUUAGGAUGGAGAAAUUAUUAUUGAUGGUGAAGGCUGCGACUAUUGUGAGGGUUCAUCAACAGUCAUUACCAUUGGUAGACGCAUGGAUUUUGGUACUUUAGGUGUGAAAAUAGUGCGUGCAAUUGAUCUUGAAGCUGGGUGUGAAUUUAUAUCGAAUAUCUUUUUCAGAUAACCCAUUGAAGGAGAUGGUUCAGUGAAAUGGGACUGUAUGGGUUUGACUAAUGAUGAUGAUGUAAAUAUUAUGUUUAAUUUUAUUGAUGAAAUUGGAGGUAUGUCAUCGAUAGAAUUAUAUAUUGAUAUUUUUCGACCGGAUGCAUCUAGAAAUAUUGUUGAUGAAGCGGGACCAUCAAAUGUUAAUACUACUGAUGAGGUAGUUGUUCGCUAUCAAUAGUCUGAACUUGAUAGUAGUACGUUUGAGGAUAAAGUUUUGGGGGUUAUCAAUGAAUCUGAAGAUAUUUGUGAACGUCGAUGGGUGUACGAUUCAAACGAAUCAUACUUUUCUGAUAGUCAUUAUUGCCCCAAUAAUGGUGUCGAUGAAGAGGAUUCUGAUGAACAAUGGAUUGAUAGUGAUGAGGCAAACUUCAAUCAGGAUGUUGAGCAUGAUAAUGAGGUAGUAGUCAACUUGCCUUCAUACUAUAACAUUCAUGUUGCAAACCUAAUAAUGUGUAUUGUCCAUCCUCCACCUUACUAUGAAUUAGAUUUUUCAUUGCUAACAGUUGAUCCAUGGUCAAAACUGCAAUAUAGUUCAAUGUGGAAUCCAUCGAAUGAGUUUGAAGUUGGAAUGACAUUUCCGUCUAGAGAGGUUGUCCAAAGAGCUGCCAAAGAAUAUCAUUUACUUAGGCACCAUGACUUUUCUUAUGAUGAGACAAAGAGCAAAACGUAUGCUAUAAGGUACAAAUAUAGAAACAACAAUUGUAAGUGGAGAAUGCGUGCGUCUUGUCGGGAAGGAUCUGAUAUAUGGAAAAUUACUCGAUCUAACGGACCCCAUACAUGUGUUAAUCCAUCAAUCUCACAAGAUCAUAGGCAAUUGGAUAGCAAAUUUAUAUAUACUUUCAUCCUAGCAAUUGUACGAGAACAGCAAAAUGUGAAUAUAUCUGCGUUACAAGCAGAAAUCAAAGAUAAGGUUGGAUAUAUGCCGAGUUAUCGGAAGAUGUGGGAGGCUAGACACGAUGCAGUUGUUAAGAUAUUUAGUGGUUGGGAGGAAUCUUUUACAAGAUUGCAUCAAUUCAUGCUUGCGUUGUGCAAACACAACCCCGAUUCUUUGUUCUUGAUUGAAGAUGACCCUCUGUUUGUUAAUAAUAAAUUAAAACCUGAGAAUCGGGUUUUCGAUAGGAUGUUUUGGGCAUUCAAACAAACAAUUGAAGGUUUCAAGCACUGUCGGCCAGUUAUUUUUAUAGACUCCACAUUUUUAUAUGAAAAGUACAAAGAGUGUUUAUUUUGUGCUACGGGACUGGACAGCAAUAACCAUAUUUUUCCUAUUGCAUGGGCAAUAGUUGAUUGUGAAAAUACAAGGAACUGGGAUUGGUUCAUGUCUUGUUUACGGGUGUUUGUGACUGAUCGUUCUGAUAUUUGUGUUAUAUCAGACAGACAUAUUGCCAUAAAAAAAGCAAUGUAGCAAGAUUGGUGGCAGCCUCCUAAUGGACAUCAUCGAUACUGCUUAAGACACGUACUGAGCAAUUAUAACACGAAGUUUAAAAAUCCUGACAUGAAAGAAGCUCUCCGAAAGGAAGGUUAGUUUUUGCCAAAGAAUAUUAUUUUUGCAAGCAUUAAUUGCAUUUUCAAUGUUAUAUAAUACAAAAAUGUCAAUUUUUUUUUAACAGCUCACCAAAUUCAGAAAAAGAAAUUUUAUGAUGCCAUGGACACAAUCAAGAGCGAGCAUCCAGAUACGUUUGAAUGGGCCAGAAAUAUACCAUUGGAGAAAUGGACACGUUCUUAUGAUGGAGGAAAAAGGUAUGGCUCCAUGAAAACCAAUACCGUUGAGUCAGUUAAUGGAAUGCUUAAGGGGAUUCAUGCACUACCAAUAACUAUAAUGGUAGAGAAAAUAUUUUUCCAAUGUGUCCAAUAUUUUGACACACGCCGCACGACCUUCUGCGAAUAAUUGCAGCUGGGCUUCAACUUAACCCCGGCAUGUCGUCAAAUUUUCAAUGAAAAUUUAAAUGAAGCAAACUCACUUAAUGUUCGAUUAUUUAAUCACGAUUGUGGUGAAUUUGAAGUUUGGAAGGAUAGAACUGAGGCAACCACAUCGUCAAACUUGAUGAGAGGACAUGCACAUGUGAGAAGUUUCAAGAGAUACGUAUUCCAUGUUCUCAUGUCAUAGCAGCAUGCCAAUCAAUGUCAAUCAAUUAUGAGCAAUAUGUUUCAAAUUAUUAGACAUUGGAACGAACGCUUAAGUGCUAUGAGCGACAGUUUCAUGCACUUGGAUAUCAUGAUGAUUGGCCAACAGACAAUGAUCCAAUCCUUGUACCUGACCCAAAUCGGAAAAGGUCUAAAGGAAAACCAACUUCUUUAAGGAAGACGAAUGAAAUGGAUUGGAUGGUGAUUCAAAAAAGAGGGGAUCCGUCUAAAAUCCAUUGAAGGACACUAUUUUCAAAUACUUUGUAUUAUUAUCAUAAAUUGUUGGACACAGUUUUCAUUAUUAUGUUUUCAUUUUAUGUGUAUUAUUACCCCCCUGUUGUUAGGUUACGUACUUUUCAAUUUUAUCUUAAAUUAUUGCAUUAUUUAAUAUAAUUACUGCAUUAUGAUUUAUUUCGUAUAUAUUUAUUUAUGCUCUCUUUUGUUUAUGACUUAGAUAAAAUAAUGGCUCGUAUAUUGCGCACUCUGAAAAGAAUUGUCAGUCAAUAACAGCGGGCAAGAGUACAUGGUUUAAUUAGGAAUUUGAUUAAUCUACCUAUGGAAGUAACACCAUCAACUACAGGAGAUUACCUACUCUGCAUUGUUAAGCAUAUGAUAAGGGUGAAUGGGCUAAUUCAACAAAUCAUAUGGGAAGGAGAGCUAUUAACAUAUAAACCUAGAUAUUUGGCUUUAAAGUCAGCUUUAGUUGUGUCCAGGAUAAAGGUACACUUGACAGUGUAUGGUGAAAAUUAGAAGCUAACCGUAUCCCAUCAUAUUUACUACUUCUUAAAGGAUUUGUCAAAGAAUAUGCUAAUUGGGUCACUACAAGGACAAUGUGUCGCGCGAGUGGUAUAAAAAUGCGUGAUAGGAAGAAACAUACUCUGGUAAAGCCCUGUUUACCUAAAAUCGACUACACAUUGGAGAAAGAUAUUUAUGACGAGCUAAUUAGAUCAUGUCCUGUAAAUCAAAUAGUCAGACUGACCUAAUUAGUUGAUGUAGUAAAUAAUGUUGAUGUGGUAAACAAUGAUGUACUUGUAUCUUUGCAUUGACUAUGUAAUGUAGACUUAUUGAUUAAUGCAUUGAAUGAGAAAUUUUUAUUUAUACCAUUUAAUACAUGUAUUAAAUAUUUUUUUUACCAUUCAUGUUUUAUUUACUGUAUAAGGAAAAUAUGUGCAUUGUUUUACUUGUCACAAAUACAAAAUGAAAAUGUAUAUUUAAUAUAAUGAAUAGGUAUGGCUAAUCAACAAACAAGCAGAGAUUACAUUGUGCCAGGUCCAAUUGAUCCAGAGCUUCUAUGACUCCAGUCACAACACCGUUCUGAAGGGAUUUGGACUAGUACAAUGGAUCAUGAGGUGCUUACGUGUAGAAGGCAGGGGGACAUAUUGCAUGCUGACAUUGAUGACCGAAUUGUUCCUCAUCUCCACGAUUCUGGAUUUAUUGGAAUUGCUAGAUUAGGAUUUUUUCCCCUUGACUGGCACCUUAUUAGUGCCUUUGUAGAGCGAUGGCGACCGGAAACUCAUACAUUUAUGAUGCCAAUUGGGGAGUGCACAAUCAGUCUUCAAGAUGUUGGCAUUAUCACCGGAUUGCCAAUACAUGGUUCUACAGUAACUGGAAUGUCACGAGCCAAAUGGCCAAAAGUUUGUGAGCUCUUAUUGGGAGCUGGACCACCUCCAGAAAUGAUUCAAGGACAUACAUUAAAAUUAUCAUGGCUAACUGAUGAGUUUGGAGCUAUUCCACAUGAAGUUGAUGAUUUAACAGUGUUAUGGCAUGCAAGAGCAUUCAUAUUACGACUCAUCGGUUCAAUAUUUCCCGACAAGACAAACUCACGUGUGAACUUGAUGUUCCUACCCCUAUUAGAAAACUUGAGGCAAGCUGCGACAUACAGUUGGGGUGGAGCUUGCUUAGCCUUCCUUUAUCGUGAGCUUUAUCGUGUUGUCGUUACUGAAGCAAAUGAGAUUUCAGGACCCCUGUUCAUAUUGCAAAUCCAGGCUUGGGAGAGAUUUAAAAUAAUCUCUCCAUCAAUAAGAGAUCCAUCGGCACUUCAUGAUGCACCCCUAGGUGCUAGGUGGAGUAGAGCUCGACAGAUCAUUGAAGUUACAACCCAUGUACUACAAAAAAUUCGAUACAAUCUUGAUCGAAUGCGACCUGAAGAUAUUACAGGGAACCAUAUAAUGAGGAAUUGUUGGAUGAGCUGCCCGACAUGUGCAUACAGGGCCGUCCCAUAUGGAAGGCAGUGGUGCCAUUAAUUUGCUUCCAUAUUAUUGAAUGGCACCAGCCUGAUAGAGUGAUGAGGCAGUUUGGUUUGGCCCAACCUAUUCCACGACGACCGAUGCAAACAGAUGAGUUACAUGAGAUUACUCUCCGAUUUAGUGAGAGUAAUUGGGCGCACCACCAUGCGACGUACAUUAAUCAUUGGAAUAGGCGAGAACAUUACAUUGUUCAAGGGCAAGAAAUGGCACAACCACUCCACCAUCAUUCUGAAUAUAUGGAGUGAUAUCGUCGAGUUGCAAGACGUUGGAUCUCAAUAAGUGGAGCUGCCAUUGGUUGUGUGGAGGAUGCAAUUGAGGAUUGUUUGCUAAAAUUAUAGAACCCAUCAACGGAAAAUGUGGCUGAAGUUAAACAUACAUUAAGAAAAAUGAUGAUUGCUCUAGAGGAAGAAAGUCGGCUUUGCCAAAUGCCACCUCCUCAAUCCGCACCUCAAGCAACAACCUUUAAUGAUGAAUUAGAAGAGGGCCAACCCAUUAACCAGCCUGAGCCCUCACAUAGAGCAGCACGACGCUGAUCACGUUCUGCUCGACGUCGUCAACAUCCAGUGCGUCCAGCCUCUCCUCCCGAUGAUGCUUUGCCCCCACCUGUCGCAUUCCACCCUUACUGCAUCACAUCAGCGCCUGAUCAUUCUAAUCCUAUUCCCUCGGCUCCUUCACUAUCUGACCCUGCUCAUUACACUGGUUGGAUGGCUACCCCAUCAAUGCCUGGCCCAUCAACACCAUGGAUGUCAUAUCAAACUCAAAUGCAAAACAGAAGCACAUUCGACUUUACUGAGAGUCAACAGCCGCAAACACCAUUCGGUGGCGUAUUUGCUCCAUUUGGCAGACCAUCAAGCAUUGGGCCAUCACACUAUACGUCAGGUCAAUUUAGUGGAUAUGGGUCAGAACAAUACUUUGCACCAUAUCAUUCUGGUGCCUUAGGCCAUAUUCCAUCUGCUGCGGGUCUAUUUGGAUACCAUGAACAAAGUGCUGUGCAUUAUACUGCAGGGGGGGAAUCAUCGGGACAACAUCAAGGGCAAGCUAGCCAACCCAAAGAUGCACAAGGUCAUCCAGCAGAACAUCAAGAAGGGGGAGAACAUCGAGUUCUUCGACCGAGACGACAUAUACGAAGACCUGGUUGUGGCACAUGACUGAUUUAAAUAUUUGUUAUCAUUUAUAUAUUAAUUAUGAAAACUUCUCUCAAGUUAUUUCUCGCUUUAA